UUAAAAUGUGUUAUUGGUACCAAUCUUCAAAAAAUAUGACAGGAAAGUCACAAACACCCCUGGAAGCUCAAAUCGGAGCACCAACGACAAUAGAUAUACAAAAUGAACUCAGCGUCAAAUGUGCACCAUCAGGAAGUUUUGACUUUAUCAGCAAGAUUGAAAUACAGCGCAAGAAUGCGACAGCCUCGACAUACAGCACAAUACUGGUGGUGGAGGAUCCACCCCGGGGAAGCGCACCUGUCUUCAGAGAUGAUGAGGUAAGAGAGAGAGCGAGUGCACAGGGUCGGGCAGGGCGACCUUCAGAUGCGUUCCUAACGCUUACCAUCCCUCAAGGUCAGGUCAACUGUAACGAUGGCGGAUCAUAUCAGUGCCAGAUAGUAAACGGGGACAAUGGAUCGACAACAAUCACAUCUAUAGCUGUCACUGUCACCAUACAGGUCAGUCCAGACGCCUCCCGUCCUGUGCUUAGUCUCAGCCCCUCUAACUUCCCAGGGGCAGGGGUGUCAGUGUAUACGUACUUAAAGGGAACUACCAUCAUGUUAGUCUGUCAAGCCGAUGUUGGCAGCCCACCACAACCAAUGAGAUUCUGCUACCAGCCUACUGGAGUGAGUACCUUUACACCUGUAACAAACGUGGUGUCCAAUAUUGUCGCCCCGCAGUCAGUGGAGCCGGCCAAGAGCUGUCUGUUGACCCGGACCAUUGUCGCCUCCGCCGAGAUAACCGCACUCGCUGGCUCGUUCUACUGCGAGGUCCAUGCUGCUGGUACCAGUCAGGGAUGUGGAACCAAUCUGAAGGUCACGGACGCCAUGUUUACCGCUCAAAAUCUUCCCGUAUGCAAUUCGAGCACUAUAACAUGUAGCAGCUCUAGCACCACCUCAACAACAACCACCACUAGCACCACCUCAUCAACCUCCAGCACCACCUCAACAACAACGGAGGCUUCUAUUGAGGGUGACGUACAAGUUCUGGCAGUUACCGACAAUGGAGGAUAUACCCUCCUCCUGCUGGGUUGUGGGCUGAUCGUCGUGUCUGGGGUUCUUUUUGCCACCAGUCUGAUCAUCUUUAUGAAGGCCAAAAAACUUAAAAAGGGAGCUGAGAUGGCCAUGAUACGGAGUACCUACGACUCCGUGCAUUUUAGAAGAUCAUCAGCGCCAAAUUAUACCUCUUUGG